UUAGUGGAGUCCCCGCUAUCCCUCGACCCUCCAACAAUUAUCAAGAACUGCUCUUACCUUUCGUUAUUAUCCUCAUUUUGUCGGGAGUCAUUAAAAGCUUUCUAGUUUCCUUUAAGUUAUUAAUGUACAAGUAGGUUACGUGUUUGAUCCAGGAAGUAUAAGAAAGAUGACCAGGUGGUAGAUGUAGAUGUAUUGAUACAUGCAUGAAGAAAGAUCAUCAGAAACUCAAAGGGAGGGAACUUAUGAUUUGCUGCAAACAGUUAUUCAAGAAAGGGUUGCAUGUAAUUCAGUUAAUUUACCUGUUCAGCACUGACUCAAAAAUAGAGCAAAAUGACACUUGUUUGUACUUGUCCUUGAAAUGUAGUUUUUUUUGUGGUUGUUUUUUUUUAAAAAAACUUUGUAACCCUUCCCCAAAUCAAGUUGCUCUCAUUUUAAUUUUUUCUUUAUUUUUUAUAAAUACAUUUUUUAUUGUAUUUAUCGUAUUUGCUCAUAGGUCCAGUGGGGGAGAGAAGCAUUAGUAUUAAAACACUUAAUUUUGGUGUGUGGCUGGAAAGAAAAUUUGGGGGUGGGGUGGAAUGAUUGAUUUUGAGUAGCUUGUACAUGGCCAGAAUAUUAUCUAUUCCUCAGAAUGUUUGAUUUGUAACUAAAAUCAUCACAUGGUUUACUGGUUUUAGUCAAAAGGCCAGACAUUACAUGGUCAUGAAAUAAAUGUUUUCAUUUGUUUUGUCAGAAAAGUAAAUUCAACUUUCAUAUAUAAUUUUGAGUGUUUCUGGCAUAAUUCCAUUACUUGCAGUAAUUUUGCAUGGAUUUACUAUUACUUUAGCAUUUUGAUACAAAAAAAUCAAGAAAUUACAAAAAAUGUGAAGUGAGGUAGGUGUUGAGGAAUUGAUGAUCAAAUGUAAAAUUGGUAAUUUAAUGAAGCAUGUUACCUAAAAAGAUAGUAUUUGCCCCGUUUCUGAUUUCAUUCUAUUAUUGAUUGUAAUUGAUUCUAUUAUUGUAUAUUUGUCACCCUGAAUUUUUUCUGAUAUUUAGUAAUAUCAGACAAAGGGAAACUGAAUGAACACAAAACACUUUCUAAAAACAAUUUGAUUUAUUUAAUGAGUUUAAGUUCUCAAACACCCAUGUGAAAAAGUAAUAUAAUUUGAUUCAGCUAAUGGAACACAGCCAGUCUUGAUUGCAGGCAGCCCGGUUGAAUCUAAACCUCACUCAUGUUCAACCUUGCCCUCAGUGUGAAGUGGUCACCAUAAGCACACUAUACCAUGAUAAUAGGAAAUUCCCACAGAGAUGAAAGAAAAAAGUUGUUGAACUGUAUCAGUCUGGACAGGGUUACAAAGCCAUUUCUAAUGCUUUUGUAAAUGGGGCCCAAUUACUCCCUGAAACUAAGAUACUAAAUGGUGAAAAUCCAGUGGUAUCAAAGGCCUAUGGACACAAGCCUGUUUGUGUGUACAGCUGGUUUUGUGAGCGGUAAGGCAGGCUUGUGGGCUUUGCCGUAGGAGGUAUAUUUAGAUGUUUAUAAAAUCCAAGUUGGCUUCCCUGUUAGUGACCGUGAAAGAGGCGCCAGGGGAUAUAAAUACCUCCAAGCAGAGGCUUGUUUUAGUCAGAGGUAGGGAGAAGGGGGUGGAGACUAACUAUGGCCUGCAAAAAGUCAGAGCAGGAGGUCUGUGAUCUGAACACCACAACGUCCUCCAAGUUGCAUGCUGGGGACUUGGACUCUGCCCACGAAUACCCCUGCGUGACCUCUGAGGAGCUAGAGAGGGAGAUGGUGCCAGACGUGGUCCUUCAGGUUGACACGGAGAGUUUCCUGGUGAACCGACAGAGGCUAGCAGGCUUGAGCCCUUACUUCCGGGCCCUGUUUUACGGGGGAGGCCUAGAGAGCACAAAGAGCCACAUUGAGAUCAAAGGGGUUCGCUUGGAACAAUUCCGCACCCUGAUGGAAUACGCACGCAGCUCCAUUUUGGCCUUGGACAGGGAGAAUGUGCUGGCUAUUCUGGAAACCGCAGACUACCUUCAGCUGGAGAAGGCAAGGUUGCUGUGCUGCAAGUUCCUGGAGAGGGAGCUGCACCUGAGUAACUGUCUGGGCAUGAUGGCCUACGCCUGGCAGCUGGGCUGCCUGGAACUGUAUGCGGUGGCGCUGGAGGUGGCUCUCACCCACCUGCCUGCUCUGGCGUGCGAGGAGGACUUCAUGUACCUGUCCAAGGAGAAUGUGGCCGACCUCCUCUCAAGCGAUGACCUGUUCCUGCCGCGGGAGGACUUUGCAUUCGAGGUUGCCCUGCGCUGGGCGGCUUUCGACCCCAGCCGCGAGGAUGACUUCCGGGAGCUGGCUGGGCUGGUGAGGCCUGAGUUCCUCAGUCUGUCUUACAUCAGCGAACUGCUGACCAGUGUCAAGGGCUCUGACCCCCGUGCCAAGCUCAUCUGCAAACUGGACUCCAACCCUCCGGCCAGCUGGGCUGAACCACGAUCCGUGCCUCGACUCAGGCCCCAGGAGUCUCUCUACAUGCUUGGUGGGCCCCAUGACCAUGACGAGCAGAUGCUGUACCAGUUCCAUCCCCAUUGUGGGCUGUGGAAGUCCUGUGCACCCCUCAAAAGGAAACAUCUCACACACUAUGCUGUGGCAGCAGUAGGGGAAAUUGUGGUUGUGACGGGGGGUCACUUCCUCGAUGAGGUGGUGUGGUACAGCGUGGACUGGGUGCGAGUGUUCCAGUCUGCGCGAGGUAACUGGGUGGACGGACCCUCCAUGCAGAAGUCCCGGCACAACCACUGCUCCGUGGGGCUCGGGUACGAGCUGUUUGUCCUGGGUGGCAGCAUGGAUGAGGGGCCCAUAGCAGACGUGGAGCGGUUGAUGCUGGGAGCAGAGAGCUGGGUGAACGUCAGCCCCAUGGUGCGGGCAGUGGAGAGAGCGGCUGUGGUCGCCAUGGGCUCCUGCAUCUACAUAGCCUGUGGCUUGGAUGAAAAUGGAGAGGUCUACAGUGGCAUCCAAAGGUACCAGGUGCAGACGGACCAAUGGGAUGUAGUCUCCUACUCCCCACUCCCACGGUAUGACCUCCUUGCCACCAAACUGAACGGCGCGCUAUACCUGUUUGGAGGUCAGGCCCUGCGACUAGACGUGACAACGGAUGAGUGGACAGUUAUAGAGGAAGUGUGUCUGGAGAAGAAAUUCUUCACAGGCUGCAGCACUGCCAAUGGCCAAGUAUACCUGGUGGGGGAGCGUAAAGGUAACAAGACCCUCCCCAACAUGGUGCUCCUGGACCCUUAUACUGACACCUGUAUAGAAAUGGACAACAGCAUCCCGUGUCCUCUACCAGUCCGUGGCUGUGUCACCAUCAGGGUUACUUCCUGAUAUCAAGCCAUGAUAGGACUCAACUUGGGCCAGAAGUCUUGCCAGGCCAAGGUGCACAAAAACACCCCCUUCAUGUGUGGAUUUUCUCUGUGAUUGACAGUCAUUAUCAAACCCUCCUCCUCCUCCUCUCUGGGUAUUCUGGUGUGCCUCAGGUGGAAGUGGUAAGCUGUACACUGCAUGCUUUUAAUUCUGUUUAAAUUAUAUCAUUUAGUUAAUCAUAAUCUAUAUGAUCAGCUCUAACAAAAGCAGGUAACUUUGUUAUUGAUGUUUGUGUAUAUGCAAAUACUUUUACAGUAGAUAUACAGAAAUGGUUGAUGUAUGUUAUUAAUGCAUGUGAUCUGUUUUAUGCACAAAAUUUCUCUGGAUGUACCAAUAUUGGUUGUACCAACACAAAACACAAUGUGUCAAUUUAAUCAAAAUGGAUUUAUUAUUAAUAUUAAAUGGAUCACAAAGAGAAAAGACUUAUGUGACAUACUUUUAAAAUUCUGGAACAACAUUGACUAAUAUACAAUAAUUGCCUUGAGGAAUGUUGUUUUCUAUUUAAAAUCUUUUAGAACACCUAUUGGUCACAGAGAUCAAAUGUAACAGAUCUAGCUAAAGCACAGCCAAAUGCAAUAAAGUCGUUUUAAUAGAAAAAUGGACCAUGGAACAAAUGGUAGAUAUUAUGUAUCACUAUACACUAACUGCAUAAAAUUAGCAGCUAGAAGAUAAAAACACAACCCUAGAAACAAGUCACUCAAGUUUCAGUCGUGUACACUUAACAAA